AUGGAUUCCAUCAGAGGCAACUACUACCAGCCCGCCUCCUCCCUCCCGAUCGCCAUGCCUUCAAAGGCUCCCGCGAGUGCAAACCUCUAUCCCAUCUCCCGUGUAGCUGGUUCGCCACCCGAAAUCUCCGAUGCGAGCACCACGACAGGCAGCGCGAGCGGGGAGACGUUCGAUACCUCCUCCGGAGGCUAUUCCGGCGUCGAUUUGAUGGACAUGCUGAAUGACCGUAUGUCAAACGUUUUCGAUCCUAGCCGGUUGGACAAAGGGGUAGCUAAACAGGCGAAACUCUCCGGCCAUCUCAACGCCAAGCAACAAGAACUUCUGGAACUCCAAGCGCUUGCUCAGCGACGUCUCAAAAAUGCGCGUGCCAAUUUUGCCGAUGGUAUUAAAGCCGCCAAGGAGACUAAGCAGGAUCUCGAGUGGUCCCAAAAACGGGUCAGCAAUAUGAGAGCGAAAGUCGAACGGGCUCUCUCCGAUGAAUACCGCGUCGCGACAAAACAAGUAUGUCUAUGA